AUGUCAUCUACAAACAUUGAUAUCAGCAAUUUCCAUGCUGACGCUAAAGCUCCUAUUGUUUCAUUAACCGCUAAAUCUUUCUUUGAUCAAUUGACUGACAAAGAACAAAAAUAUGCUCAUUUUUUUUCAAAAGCUGGUCAUUGGGGUUCAAGAAUUGUGCUAAGACAAGUUUCUCAUGAAUCUGAACCUAUUUUUGAUUUGAUUUUACAAAUUCACAAGAAUUUGAAGUCCGAUUAUUCAAGUUUGAAAAUUGAUGAAGAUGUUACAAAAGGUUACUUGGAAUAUGCAUCUCAAUUCUUGAGUAAUUUAGGUAAUUACAAAUCUUUUGGUGAUAAAAAAUUCAUCCCAAGAAUCUCUGUUGAAGAUUUUGAAAAAAUUGUUAAAUUGUCAAACUCUGAUUUAGAUUUGUUCAAUAAAAUCAAAGAACCAUUAUAUUCAAUUGAUGAAAAAUCUGCUCUAUUAGGAUUUCCAAGUGAUGGUCAUGUUUCUGGUUAUUACUUUGGAGAUGUUUCAAAGAAAAACAUUGAUUUGAUCAAAAAAGUUUUAGCAGACCAUAAAGUCUUGUAUGAAAACUUGAGAGUUAAAAAGAUUAGUGAAACUGAAUUCAUCAUUUUAGUUGCAUCUGAAUUGACAAAUAAUAAAACUUCAUAUCCAAAUGAAAUUGAAGCUGAUGGUAUCAAAUUAACUUUGAAGUUUGGUGAUCAUUCAAAAGAAUUUACUAAAAUCAUUGAAAAUUUCAAAGAGGCUAAAGAUGUUGUUGCCAAUGAAACUCAAUCUAAAAUGAUUGAUGCUUAUGUUGAAUCUUUUGAAACCGGAUCAAUUGAUGCCCAUAAAGAAUCACAAAAAUACUGGGUUAAAGAUAUUUCCCCAGUCAUUGAGACUAAUGUUGGUUUCAUUGAAACUUAUAGAGAACCAGGUGGUGUAGCUGGUGAAUGGGAAGCUUUAGUUUCAAUUCAAAACAAAGAACGUACUUUGAAAUUCCAAAAUUUGGUUAAUAGUGCAGAAAACUUCAUCAAAUUAUUACCAUGGACAAAAGAAUACGAGAAGGAUAAAUUUCAAGCACCUGAUUUCACUUCUUUAGAAGUUUUAACAUUUGCAGGUUCUGGUAUCCCAGCUGGUAUUAACAUUCCAAACUAUGAUGAUAUCAGAUUAAACAUUGGGUUUAAAAAUGUCUCAUUAGGUAACAUUUUGAAUGCCAAAUCUGGUAAAGAACCAAUCACUUUUAUUCAUGAUGAUGAUUAUGAGUUGUUUAACAAAUAUCGUAAUGAUUCAUUUGAGGUUCAAGUUGGUAUUCAUGAACUUUUAGGUCACGGAUCAGGUAAAUUACUAAGUGAAUUACAUGAUGGUUCUUUCAAUUAUGAUCAUUCUAAUCCUCCAAUAGGUAUUGAUGGUAAACCAGUCACUACUUUCUAUAAAAAAGGUGAAACUUGGGGCUCAAAAUUCGGCUCAUUAGCUGGUGCGUAUGAGGAAUGUAGAGCUGAGGUUAUUGCUUUGUAUUUGAUCACAAAUGAAGAGUUGUUGAAAAUUUUCGGCUUUGAUUCUAAAGAAGAUCAAGAUGCAAUCAUUUAUUCAGGUUUCUUGCAAAUGUCAAGAGCUGGUUUAUUGGCUUUAGAAUUCUGGGAUCCUUCUUCUCAAAAAUGGGGUCAACCUCACAUGCAAGCUAGAUAUUCAAUUUUGAAAACUUUAUUAAAUGCUGGGUUAGUUGAAUUAGUUUACACUAAAGAAGAUUACAGUGAUUUAUAUGUCAAAUUGGAUAAAUCAAAAAUUGAAACUAUUGGUCAUGAAGCCAUUAAAGAUUACUUGAGACAUUUACAUAUCUAUAAGGCUUCUGGUGAUGUUGAAAAUGGUUCUAAUUACUUCAUUGAUAGAUCUUCUGUUACACCAGAGUUGGCUAAAUUUAGACCAGCCGUUUUAAAGGCCAGACUACCAAGAAAACAAUUUAUUCAAGCAAACACAGAAAUUAUUGAUGGUAAAGUUGUUUUGAAAGAAUAUGAAGAAUCUGAAGUUGGUAUGAUUCAAAGUUUUGUUGAAAGGGAAUUGUGA